GCUUGUCAGUUUCUCUCCGAGUCCGGGUAGCAAGUGGACAAGCUAGCUAGUGAUAGAGGCAGGUCACUAAAGCAUAUUUUAGAAAGACGGACAAUAAUUUCAAAUUCUUAUAAUGGUAUGAAAACGAGCUGUCUGCGUAGGUGAAUUGGUGAGCUGCAUGUGUCUGCUUGCGCAAAGCUGAUGAUCCAGACACAUUUCGUGAGCUCUGUAGGCUGUUUGUUGCCUAGAGGGUGAGGAACACACUGCAACAAUGCCUGAGUCUUCAGUAGAAAUCAAGGACAUAUGCACUUCUUCCAGAUACAGAAUGUCUCCUUUAAGGCAGCUCUGCCAACAAUCUGUGCUCACUCUGCCAAUGUCCAAACACCCCUACAACGAGCCAAGUGCCUUUUGCACUGAGGAGAACAUGUCAGAAUGCCUCUGCUACAUCAAUCAGGAGAUGUCCUCACUGGGACUGCUGUCGGUGGGCGUUGAGUCGAAGGGGAUCUGGAAGCUGAACAACGUGGCUGUGCUGAACAGCAUGUAUGACCUGCUUCGGCUGCACCGGCAGAGCCUGCGAGCUGUGGAGGACUUGGAAGUAGAGCAGCUCAAGGCCAGCAGCAAUAUGGAAUAUCUACAGCACAGCUAUGCCAGGUUGAAGGAUCAACUUGAACUGUGUAGAAGGGAGAACACUGGACUGCUUGAGAGAGAGCGCCAGUUACAGUUGAAGGUGAAGAGCUUGCAGAACUGCCUGAAAAAUGAAAAAGAAGAGGUGCAGAAACAUCAGAACAUAAUCGCUAGUCGAGCCACUCAGUACAAUCAUGACAUGAAGAGGAAAGAGAGAGAGUUCAGUAAACUGAAAGAGCGCCUGAAUCAACUUCUGAUCGACAAAAAAGAGAAGAAGCAAUCCAUUGAAGUAUUAAACUACAUAGGACGGUCUGAUGGGAAAAGAAGCCUUUGGAAAACGGGUAAAACCGAGGGAAGGCACGAGGGUGAGAUGUACAAGACCCUUCUGAAUGACUACGACAGCCGCCAGAAGGAUCUGGUGGGGGAGAAUGCAGAGCUGAAGAAAGUCUUACAACAGAUGAAGAGGGAGAUGGUGUCCAUUUUGAGCCAGAGGAAACAGACUUUCAGAGACGAGAAACCCAAUGACGAUCAUGAACAGGCUGGCUCAGAGGAGGAGGAGGUAUUCGACUCUAGCAGGGAGAACCUGGAGCUGUCGUGUGAGCUUGCACGGGAGAAACUGACCAACAGCAUCCGUCUGCAGUGGAGGAGACUCAAGAGCCACAUGGAGAGACUCGACAGCCAAGCGUCCUUGAACGGAGAUAGAGCCAACAUGGACACCAUCCCCAGAGAGGCUCACGAGGAGGAGAUGCACAGUUUGAAACUGGAGAUUCAGCAGUGCAAAGACUUCAUCCACACACAGCAGCAGCUCUUGCAGCAACAGUUGAGCACGCCGUGUGACGAGGAGACGUCAGCCUUGCUCAAUGACUGCUACAUGCUGGAGGAAAAGGAGCGCCUCAAACAGGAGUGGAGGGUCUUCGAAGAACAGAGGAGGAACUUUGAGACUGAGAGGAGGAACUUCACGGAGGCAGCAAUUAGACUUGGCCAUGAGAGACAAACCUUUGAGGAGGAUCGUGCCUCGUGGCUCAAACACCAGUUUUUGAACUUGACUCCCUUUGCUGACCAAAAUAAAUCUCAGAUGUCAAAGUCUCAGAGUGCCUUGUCAGUCUGUACUGAGCCAGAGGUUAAAACUGUGUCAACAGUUCAACUGGAUAAGUCACUAUCCCACACAACUUCCUCAACACCUAGAGCUUCCCAAAUGAAAACGCCAUCCACAGCCGACCUGCAAAGUACACUACGCCUUAUCCCAGAAAACAGUCCAAGCACAGUCCAACCAAAGAGAGGAAGCCUGCAGGAAUUGGGCAUUGUCUUAAAUGGGGAUGUCACCUUCCAGCACAGGAAUCUGAAUGGAGGAGAAGAUACCCUCAGAGGAGAGAAAAACGGUUCCAUUUAAAUCCGUGUACCCUUCGUUCUUUCAUUUUUCCGUUUAAAAAACAAACUUGUUUUGGGGUUUUUCUGUUCUAAAACAGAACGGAAAAACGGGGAAAAAGAACAACAGAAAUCACUAGUUCUGUAGCGGUUUUUGUGUUUUAAAACCAAAACGGGAAAAUUAAGUUUUUGAUUGUGAUUGUUGUAAUAUUUUGAUGAAGUCUUGGAAUUCUGGUGGAAAUGUGGAGGUACAGGCACAUUCAGUGCACAGUUCAAGAUGGCUGCAAGCUUCAUAGUUUUUCGGGGUAUUUCCUGCAUGUACAGGCACAGGUAAAACUCCUUCCCAUGGUCGACCCACACCUGGUCCCACAUCCCAUUGUUGACUACUGCACAUCUAGAACUAAUGUAUAUGUUUAUAUAACAUGUCCAGUUGUUGCAACAGACAUACACAAAUCCAUAAAAUUCAUUAGACUCAAUGAUAUACAAUGCAUAAACCAGACAUACUGAGGAUACCUUUAAUUUCAUAAUGAGACUUGCAAAACACAAUUUCAAAUUCACUAAUUCAGUGCUUGAUAGGGAGUGCUAAAAAGCAUGUUUUAAAUGGAGCGUUGAUAAUAAGCAUGUCUGGCUUGGUAGCUGGCCAAUGCCUAAAGGGGUGCCUACUGAUUGCGGAGAGGGGUACUGUGUGUAAGUAAUGUCCGCAGACACCCCCUGUGUAUAAAGGGUAAUGUGAGUUUAGAUAUAGUGACAUGGAGGAGAAAGGGGAAGAGGUGAGAUUCUCUGCAGCGCUGAAGCAUGUGAUGUAUGGACAGGAAAGGAGGGCUCAAAAAAAGCAGAAAUGGGGUGUUUUAAAAGAAGUUUGUUUCUCCGAUUUGGUUUUGAAACGGAAAAAUGAAAGAACGAAGGGUACACAGAUUCAUUUAAAGCCACAAAUUAGCAUAAUGGAUAUUUCUUUUGAGAUCUUGAGAGACACACCUAUAUGGAAAUUCCAAACAAAAAUUGUUUGUCUGUAGAAUUUCUGAAACAGUUUUUAUGUCUUAAUGUAUUUUAUGUCUUCUCAAUAUUCAUUGAGAGACCUGGUCAAUUAGGUUUUUGGUACCAUAUAGGGGUAUUGGUUGAGCAGCAUGUGUUUGCUGCUGUGUGAUUGUGUAAAUGAAUGAGAGAGAAAAAGAUUAUGGAUUGUAAUGUUUUGUUGCUAGAUUCUAUUUCUAUGUUUAGGAAUCGUGUUUAUUGUCAUUGUAUGUAGUAUUGCACUGCUUCUUGCGGUGUAGUCUAGUUUUUUAAUGAUGAAUGUUUUGUGCAAAAGCUGAGAAAGUCAGACAGACUAAUGUAAAUUAUUUUCUUUCUUGAAACAUGACAUUGUUGUAAAAGGUACUUUUAGAAAUAUGCUGCUGUUACACUGAAUGCAAUAACAUACAGUGUAGUUCUUUAAAUUAAUGUUAAAAUGUAUUUUUUCAGAUUGGAUUGUGUUGAAACCGAAUAGUGAAAAAUGAGCUUGAGGUGUUGUGUGGCCAAGGACAGACCUUUCUAAAAGUUAAGAAGUGAGUAGGCAUGGUAGAAUUAUUUUUUACUCAAACUCAUGAAUGUUUAUGGUUUCUUUGUGGUUUUCCUUCAUUUUGCAUCCUGUCAAUAGAGGAAAAGUAACAUAGUGACUUCAGAGACUUUCACGUUUUUUGUAAAUGUAUUUCAACUUAACUGAUCAAGCAUGAAACAUGUAAGGACACAUCCCGACACCUUUAAAUUACAACUCUGUUGUU